AUGGAGGAUAUGCUAUCCAGAGUAUUGAAAAAGGUGGAUUCAACCGAUUCCUUUUGCAAAGAUACAAGCGAUCAAAUGAAAAGCUUGGGGCAAGUUGUAGGUUCUCGCUCAACUUCCAUUAAGCAAUUGGAAUCGCAACGUGGCCAAAUCUCAGCUACUCUCAACCAAAGACAAAAGAGAAUAGUCCCUAGUGAUACGGUUGCAAACCCAAAUAAUGAUGGUAAUCAUAAAUGUCAUGCAAUCACUACUAGGAGUGGCAAGACAAUUGGGGGAGAGACAUCGGUGAAAGGUAGUGUGAUGGUUGAUGAUGAGAAAAUUGUUGAAGAGCCCAUUAUUAUUGAGGAAGAAGUGACUCCAAAGAAAAAGUGGGCUAGUAUUGAAAAUCCCACUAUUAUUGAAGAAGUGCCGGAAAAUGAUGAAGCUUCAAAAGGCAAGGAAGCGAUAGAGGAGGUGCCAAGGGCUUUACCGCCCGUUCCAAAGGCUCCUCCUCCUUUUCCUCAACGAUUGGCUAAGAAAACUGAUGAUGGUAAGUUUCUCAAGUUUGUCGAGAGAUUGAAAGGACUUUCAAUCAACAUCCCUUUGGAGGAUGCACUUGAACAAAUGCCCGAUUAUGCAAAAUUCAUGAAAGACCUUGUGACCAAUAGGAAACAUACUAGUUUUAAAAUGGUGGGAGUUACACAUCAUUGUAGCUCCAUUGUGACAAAAGCCUUGGUUCAAAAGAAGGAAGACCCGGGAGUUUUCACCAUUCCUUGCACUAUUGGGAUGUACAAUUUUGCAAAGGCCUUAUGUGAUCUUGGAGCAAUCAUCAACUUGAUGUCGCUUACUAUUUUUAACAAGUUGGGUUUGGACACUCCCCGACCCACAACACUGAGGUUGCUAAUGCUAGAUAGAACCGUGAAAAAACCGGUGGGUAUCCUUUAUGAUGUGCUUGUGAGAAUUGAUCGGUUCAUUUUUUUUGGCCCACUUUGUGAUUUUGGAUUGUGA